AUGACUGAAAUUCCCAAACUCAAUCUUUCUCUCAAAAAGAACAAUUCUUCUGAGCAAAUCAACAACCAAAAUUCGGGACAUUCUCGUGUGAGCUCAUCGGAUACUAAUUCUUCACAUGAUGAGGGCAUGCUUUCACCUCAUGGCUCUUCUAAUGCUAAUUCAACAGGAACGUUGGGUGUGAGUGGUGGUAAUAGUGUGAUCUCACAAUUUGUGGAACCUUUAAAUCACACAAAGAAGAGUAAUGCGAGUAUUCAUUGGCGUUGUGUUCACGUAUUGGAACAUCCUGAUUUUGAAAUGAACGCACUCGAUGAUGAGUCGUCUUACCAUACCUCUCUUCAAUUAUUGCCCUUUACAAUUGUUGAUACAGUGACACAGAAAUCUCGCUAUGCAAUCGUACACGGUUCAAAGAGAGGCGUCUCAGUGUUAGAACUUGUCGAGGAAUUCACACAAGCAACAGAUAAUAGAACAGGUACUCAAUGGACAAUUAAAUAUCACACAAAAUUAGAAUCUAAUGGAUUUGGAUCGAGUGCUGUAAUGCUAAGAAAGAGUAGUAAUAAGGAAAAACUCAUCUUUUUCGGAGGCUAUUUUCAUGAGAAUCAAGAAACCUCGAUAAAUCUUCCUUGUUCCAAUCACAACAGCGUUAUUCCAAUGAAGCAGUGA